AUGCCCACGAAGGAGGACUCAGCGGACAAUGAGAUCCCAGCCAAAGGGGCAAGCAGGGGGCGAGUCAAGGAGGCAUACGAGGCGAAUCCACAACAAGCUGGAUGGGUACCAGGCGACACCAAGCAAACCGAGUCGGCUGAACCAUCACGGCGGGCACCCAAGCAAAGAGCGGCACGCCGCGGAGAAGGGCUGGCACAACAGUUCAUGAAUACAGCUCUCAACAAGGCAGGGGCCGCCAAGAGACGCAGCUCAAGGAGACGGCUACAAAGAUUUCGACCUGAGAGUGUUGCUCAGCGCAUGUCCGGCAAGGGAGCAGGGCGGCUGGGUGGCAACCACGAUGCAAUGGAGGCUGGACCUCAGCGUGUGCGCAGCGCUCGCGCGCUGCUUGCAGUAGGCGCGGCAGGAGGCUUCCUUGCUGCAUGCCUGGCCGGAGUCCUGAUGAUGCUGGUCGGGAGUCAAGUCAGCAGAGGCCGAGCUGUUGAGAUGAUGUCGCCUGGAAGCGUGGUGUUGAGAUUGCCAGUGGUGCGAAUGGCAAAGCCCCAUCCGAUCUCAGGUCGGAGUCGCCAACAUGCGCACGAUCGCUUCUGGAGAAGGUACGCUCAUUUGGCUGAGAAGUCUCCAUUUCCGGUGGAGAUCGACAUAAAGAACGAGGAUGACGUGAUUUAUUUCGGUGCCGUUGGCUUGGGGACUCCUGUUCAAGCCUUCCGCGUGGUUUUCGACACAGGCUCAGCCAAUCUUUGGGUACCGUCUUCAGAGUGCAUCAACUGUGACACGACGAAGCUUCACCGCAAGUUUGAUGGUCCCAGAUCAUCCACCUAUGAGCACUCUAACUACAUUGUCAAGCUCACCUACGGUACAGGCUCGUGCAAAGGUUACCUGGCAAGGGAAAGCCUGCACCUCGGGAACGUCACAGUGGAGCAGGUGCCCUUCGUCGAGGCGGUGCAAGUGAGCUCCCCUUUCCCCAACUCUGACUUCGAUGGUAUCUUCGGGCUGGCGCUUUCUGGGUUGGCGUCGCCAUCCGGUGUGCAGAGUCCUCUGGAAAGCUUGUUCAGAGCCUACGGCAAGCAGAUGAAGGACCAGGUGUUUUCGUUUCAGAUGCCCAGCGAUCCCGCGAAGCCAGGACAGCUCCUGCUUGGCGAAGUACCUACGCAGCGGUACCCACAAGGGAUCCGGUGGCUGGAUGUGACGGAGAGUCCGGGUGCUCCAGGCCGCAGCGCCUACAGUUAUUGGGCAGUGAGCAUGGACAAAGUCUCAUUCGCGGGGAUGUCUCUCACUGGUCGCGUAGGCCUCAUAGAUUCGGGCACCAGCUGCUUGGUGCUGCCUGGCCGCGAUGCGCAGCGGUUCUACGAUGCCGUGCGCGAGGCCCAGUACAGUGACACGCGAUGCAGUGCUUUGCCACCCUUGACGCUGACACUGGGCGGUCAGGACUACACGCUCACUGGCGAGGACUACGGCUUCUCGCAGCUGGGAGGCUGUCAGGUCUGCGUCCAGGCCCGUGACAAAGAGAGGACAUGGAUUCUUGGCGAUGUCUUCCACCGCAAGUUUGCUGUCACCUACGACUUCGGCUCGCGGCCGCCAAGGAUUGGGUUGCCGCCCGGACGCCGUCCCUGGAAAAGCAAGUCUCUGGUCGGUUUCGGGCUUUGUGGUGUCACCGCGGCAUUGGCUUUCCUCGUGGCAUCGGCGCACAUCAGGCAUUUGCGCUUCCGUUACGGGGCAGCGGCGCAGGUGGGCCGCUACCUCCCACGAGCUAUCGCAGAGGCUCGACCUGCCAUGCCAUCCAGUAGUCGAGUCGAGGGCACGACGGUUGCACCGGGUUGCACGGGAUUCGCUCCACGGCCUGCGCGCAGCGGGUCCGAACGUUCCGUGCAGCCGGCCUUUGUUACAAAUAAUCUCGUUGAGGUAACGUUGGAUGCUUCUCGAACUGCACUUGCCUUGGCCUGUACAGCAUGCCUCUUCGACGAAGGCAACGGAAGUGUCAUCAUCUGUCCCGGUGGGAACUACGAGUUUCUCUGCCCAAGUGAAGGCGCUGCAGUUCUGCUUGGACUACCCAUCUGCCUUUCUAUCUACCAUGCUAUCGGCUUUUGCCACGUUAUAGCCUCGAAGAUGCGCUUGCCGAUCUCGAGGCACUUCCAUGCAGCAGCAGUGACCUUGGUCCGACAGCACAAAGACGGGCCGGUGGCAGCGGUUGGAUUCUCCGCGGGAGGGCAUCUGGUCGCAUCUCUCAGCCUGCGGUUGGCCAAGAGAGACAGGCCAAGCGGUGGUUACCCCCUCGAUGCGCAGGUUCUGGUGUAUCCUUGCAUUGAUAGUGCUGGCUGGGGAAAGCCAGGUGACGCAGGAUUCUGGGAUCCGGCCUGCCACGAGAAGGCCAGUUCGCUACUGGAAGGCCAACAGUCUCUGCUUGGAGGUGUUCUCGGAGAAACCUUGGCUAGAACGAUGGGGGCUCCAGGACGUGGAUUUGCUGCACCGCCGAGUUUCCUUGUUGGCUCCACCAGCGAUGCCGUUUGCCCUGCCAAGGUUCACACCGAUCCUUAUGCGGAGGCUCUUAGCAAAAGGGGAAUCGCCCACGAGUACAUUCGGGGAAAUCUCGGAGAGCAUGGAUUUGGUUUGGACCCAUGUUGGAGCAGUGCAGCUUUGCACUGGCUACGCCAGCGCGGUUUCGGAAAGAAGACUCCCUCUCGCUCCUGGGCCGGCUGCCGCCUGAAACCACGUCUCCAAACGCGCGGAGCGCCUUCGUUGCUCCGCUGGGAGGCUCAGCUUUGCUAUGCUUUGCACCUCCACUUCAGGACUUUGACACCUUCGGCCAGAAGAGCUUCAUUUGGCCAGGACUUGGGUUUUAUUCGUCGCGGUCAUGGGCCGGCCCGCGCUACACUGAAACUUCCGUCAGCUUGUCGUUAUCCAAGUGGUGGCUGCCGUUCAGGUCAGCCGUGA